UGCUGCAAAACGUUGUUGGGUUUUAGGUUAAAAUCAAAGAAAAUCACAUCGAUAUGCCGAAGAAAAAGACCGGGCAACGCAAGAAGGCCGAGAAACAAAAGAUCCGGCUUAAGGAGAUACGUGCCCGUGAGGUGUCGCUUGCUGAUUUACCAUGCAACGCCCCAAUGGAAUGCGACAAGUGCGAAAAGAAGCAGAAAUCUCGAGCCUUCUGUUACUUUUGCCAGUCAGUUCAGCGGCUGCCGAUUUGUGCCCAAUGUGGCAAAAUUAAAUGCAUGGCCAAAACGGGAGAUUGCUUGAUAAAACAUUCGGGGGUCUACACCACUGGACUUGCCAUGGUUGGCGCCAUCUGUGACUUCUGUGAGGCCUGGGUUUGUCACGGUCGCAAGUGUCUGACCAGCCAUGCCUGCACCUGUCCACUGCAGAACGCCGUGUGCUUGGAAUGCGAACGUGGCGUUUGGGAGCAUGGUGGCCGCAUAUUCAAAUGUUCCUUUUGCAAUGGUUUCCUCUGCGAGGAUGAUCAGUUCGAGCAUCAGGCCAGUUGUCAGGUGCUAGAGUCCGAGAACUACAAGUGUCAAUCGUGCAAUCGUUUGGGUCAAUAUUCAUGCCUGCGCUGCAAGAUCUGCUACUGCGAGGAUCAUGUCCGCCGCAAGGGCUUCAAGUAUGACAAGAACAAGGCCAUUCCAUGCCCCAAAUGUAAUUACGACACCUCGGUCACCAAAGAUCUGAGUAUGUCGACACGUUCGCAUAAGUUUGGUCGCCAGCAACAAGGUGGCAAUAGCGACGAUGAGGAUGGCUAUGGCGGUUACUACGGAGCUAGCGGUGGCAGUGGCUACUAUGGAGGAAGCGGUGCUGGCUACUCCUAUGGCGAUGAUGAUGACGAUGAUGCAUCGGAUGGCGAUUAUGAUGAAGACGAAAGCGAUGACGACGACGAGGAGGAUGAGGAUGAUGAUGAUGAGGCGGAGGAAGGCGAAGCCGCAGCAAAUUCAAGCGGCAGUGAGGCUGAAAAAGACACUGAAGCUUCGAAAAAGAAGACAUCAAAAUAAUUUCCGUUAGCAACUUUGCAAUUUAAUUAUUUUCACGAUUUGAAAAAUUAUAUAACACAAAUUUGAGUAAUGUAA